GCCGCCAGAGCAACUUCCUUCCUCUCCGGGCAAGAUGGCGGGGGGAGAGGCUGGAGUGACUCUGGGGCAGCCGCACCUUUCUCGGCAGGAUCUCGCCACCUUGGAUGUUACCAAGUUGACGCCACUAUCACAUGAAGUUAUCAGCAGACAAGCCACAAUUAAUAUAGGUACAAUUGGUCAUGUAGCUCAUGGGAAGUCCACAGUUGUAAAAGCCAUUUCUGGAGUUCACACUGUCAGGUUCAAAAAUGAACUAGAAAGAAACAUUACAAUCAAGCUUGGAUAUGCUAAUGCUAAGAUUUAUAAACUGGAUGACCCAAGUUGUCCUCGGCCAGAAUGUUAUAGGUCAUGUGGAAGUGGCACACCGGAUGAAUUUCCUACAGAUAUUCCAGGGACCAAAGGGAACUUCAAAUUAGUCAGACAUGUUUCCUUUGUUGACUGUCCUGGCCAUGAUAUUUUGAUGGCUACUAUGCUGAAUGGUGCAGCAGUGAUGGAUGCAGCUCUUCUUUUGAUAGCUGGUAAUGAAUCUUGUCCCCAGCCUCAGACUUCUGAACACCUAGCUGCUAUAGAAAUCAUGAAACUGAAGCAUAUUUUGAUUCUACAGAAUAAAAUUGAUUUGGUAAAAGAAAGUCAGGCUAAAGAACAGUAUGAACAAAUCCUUGCAUUUGUACAAGGUACAGUAGCAGAAGGAGCUCCCAUUAUUCCAAUUUCUGCUCAGCUGAAAUACAAUAUUGAAGUCGUUUGUGAGUACAUAGUAAAGAAAAUACCAGUACCCCCAAGAGACUUUACUUCAGAACCCCGACUUAUUGUUAUUAGGUCAUUUGAUGUCAACAAGCCUGGUUGUGAAGUUGAUGACCUUAAGGGAGGUGUUGCUGGUGGAAGUAUUCUGAAAGGAGUAUUAAAGGUGGGCCAGGAGAUAGAAGUCAGACCGGGUAUUGUUUCCAAAGACAGUGAAGGAAAACUCAUGUGUAAACCAAUCUUUUCCAAAAUUGUAUCACUUUUUGCCGAACAUAAUGAUCUUCAAUAUGCUGCUCCAGGGGGUCUUAUUGGAGUUGGAACAAAAAUCGACCCCACUUUGUGCCGUGCUGACAGAAUGGUGGGGCAGGUACUUGGUGCUGUUGGAGCUUUACCUGAGAUUUUCACAGAAUUGGAAAUUUCCUAUUUCCUGCUUAGACGACUUCUAGGUGUACGCACUGAAGGAGACAAGAAAGCAGCAAAGGUCCAAAAACUGUCUAAGAAUGAAGUGCUCAUGGUGAACAUAGGAUCACUGUCAACAGGAGGGAGAGUUAGUGCUGUCAAGGCUGAUUUGGGCAAAAUUGUUUUGACUAAUCCUGUAUGCACAGAAGUAGGAGAAAAGAUUGCCCUUAGUCGAAGAGUUGAGAAACACUGGCGUUUAAUUGGUUGGGGUCAAAUAAGAAGAGGAGUGACAAUCAAGCCAACCGUAGAUGAUGACUAAAGAAUCCCAGUUAAAUAAUACAUUUGGAUGGAGCUGGAAUUUCUCUUAACAACCUAGGGGUAUAUUUUCAGAGCAAUACUAUGGAAUUAAUUUCACAGCUCAUUACCUUAGUAGGUAGCUGUAAGGUUAUUCUCAUUUUUUGAUGAUGAAAAUUUAACCUGUAGCACUAAUAUAGUAUCUACAAUAAAUGUGAAAAUUGGUAUGAUGUUGGAUUGAAUCUACAUUUUAACAGAAGUUAAACAUUCCUAAGAAACGUAUAAUUUAUACAUCCAUGCAGGUUUAAAAUGAAACUGUUUGCCACACAUCCAGCCUUUGCUGUAACAUGCAUGCCAUGGAAUCUGUUUGAAAUAAAAUUUUUCCUUUUCUUUUUUAUGAUUCUUUUCUGUAGCACCAGGCUGAAGGACUGUUACACCAGUAAAAACUGGAAGACACCGCCUCCCUUUGGCCCCAUAUUUUAUGUUUUAUCUUUGAAAUUUUGAGAGAAAAUGAAAUCAAUAAGUUCAGAUAAAAUUGCCUUUUUGAGCACACGUGCUCAUUCCCAUGACAAACGUUUCCUCUUAUUAUUUUCCUGGCCUAAAACAUAGGAAACCAGAAUCAGAAGUUCUCGCCCUCUCACCAUGGUGCCCUGAUAUUAUUUCUAUGUUUGUUUAUGCCUAAAACCUAACAGUCACUCAUUGGAAAUAAUGUUAGACCAAAUUAUUCUAGAUAACUAACAAAGAUCUUUCCAGUCUUUACAUUUGGAGGGGGUUUGUUGGUUGAUAGGUUGCACUGCUGGGGAUCUAACCUAGGGUCUCAUGAGGCAAGUGCUCUACCACUGAGCUGUACCCCCUGCCCUGUUAGUUUCUUAACUACUUAGUUGGUAUGAUUAUGAAAUAGAUUCUAAUCUUAGUAAUCUUUGGACUUUGCAAGAGAUUAAAAGGUAAAAAAGCAAAAGGUGAGUCCUUUUAAUUUUUAACACAUUUUCCACGUCCCUGUAUUCUUCCUGGUACUGUGCUUUUAAAUUUUUAUUUAUUUAUGAUUUUGCUUCAUAAGAGAUUCUGUUUUUUUAAAACUCCCCAGUGUUGAGAAGUAGGCAUAUUAAAUAAAAGUACCUCGAGCUGGGGAUGUGGUUCAGUGGUAAGAGUGUUUGCCUAGCAUGUGCAGGGUCCUUGGUUCAAUCCCUAGCACCACCCCAAAAAAAAAAUUUUUGGUAGUCUGAUAAUAUGCUUUAGUUUGCUUUUCUUAAAUCUACAUUGAGAUGAGAUUUCAUGCCACAGUCUGUCAUAUUAUGCUCUUUUGGACAUUGAAGUUGCAUUGAAGAAUUUUUGAAGCUGUGGGGUAGUAGGCUGUGAUUUGUUAAUGAGUUUUGAAGAAACAUAUUAUUAAUGUUACAAUGCUUGAUUGACUUUGAAGGGUUGUGCUGUAUCAAAGGAACACAUUUAAAUAAAACAAGGUUUUAAAUUUAGCAAUUUUA